UCUAGGGAAGCCAGUCGGAGCCUCGCCCGGGUUUCCGACUGGAAAGUCUACAGAGACUGAUUCUUCCUUAAAUCCCACGGGUCGGGGUCAUGGCUCCCCGAACCCUGUUUCUGCUGCUCUCGGGGGUGCUGACCCCUAGCGAGACCUGGGCAGGCUCCCACUCUCUGAGGUAUUUCGACACCGCGGUGUCCCGGCCUGGCCCCCAGGAGCCCCGCUUCAUCUCCGUGGGCUACGUGGACCACACGCAGUUCCUUGGCUUCGACAGCGACUCCGGGACGACGCCGAGGGCAGAGCCGCGGGUGCAGUGGAUGAAGCAGUUGGGGCCGGAUUAUUGGGACCGGGAGACCAGGAAGGCUAAGGACGCUGCUCAGAUUUACUGGGGCAGCUUGAACAAUUUACGAGUUUACUACAACCAGGGCGAGGGAGGCUCUCACCUCCAGAUCUCUUCUGGUUGCGACCUGGAGGCUGAAGGCCGCCUGCUCCGCGGGUACCGUCAGUCAGCCUACGACGGCACGGAUUACAUAGCCCUGAACGAGGACCUGAGCUCCUGGACUGCAGCGAACUCGGUGGCUCAGGCCACCCGGCGCAAGUGGGAGGCGGCUGGUGCCUCCGAGCCAUGGAGAGCCUACCUGGAGGGCCCUUGCGUGGAGUGGCUUGGCAAAUACCUGGAGAACGGGAAGGAGACGUUGCUGCGCACAGAUCCCCCAAAGACAUAUAUGACCCACCACCCCAGACCUGAAGGAAUUGUCACCCUGAGGUGCUGGGCCAUGGGCUUCUACCCGAAGGAGAUCACCUUGAUUUGGCAGAGGGAUGGGGAAGAUCACACCCAGGACAUGGAACUUGUGGAGACCAGGCCUGCAGGGGAUGGAACUUUCCAGAAGUGGGCAGCUGUUGUGGUGCCUGCUGGGGAGGAGCAGAGAUACACAUGCCAUGUGCAUCAUGAGGGGCUGCCUGAGCCCCGCACCCUGAGAUGGGAGCCACGUCCUCAGCUCAUCAUCUACGUUGUGGGAAUCAUUGCUGGCCUGGUUGUCCUUGGAGCUGUGGUUGUUAUUGCAAUUUGGAUGAAGAUGAACCACACAAGGGAAGAGGAGUGUAGUGACAUUGCCCAGGGCUCUAACGUGUCUCUCAUGGCUUAUAAAGCAUGAGACAACUCCCUGUGUAGGAUUGAGUGACAUAAGACUUGUUCAGGCCUCCUCUUUGUGACUUGAAGAACCUUGGAUCUCUUUCUGCAGAGGUAUCUAAAUGUGCCCACAUUCCUACUGGCAUAAUGUGAGGAGGUGGGGAGACCAGCACACUCCUUCCCACCAGGAUGCCUUUUACCACACUGACCUGUGUUCCCUUUCACAAUCAACCUUCUUCUUCAGCAAAGGAAGGGCUGGGUUGUCUCCAUCCCUGUCUCAACAUCAUGGUGCCCUGAGCUACAGCUUCUUAACUUCUGUAGUAAAAAUAAGAACCUGAGCAUACAUUUAUUUUUUCAAAUUCUUUUUAUUGAUUUUUAAUUUUAUUUUUUGAUUUUUAGUGCAUUUAGUUGUACAUAAUAGUGGGAUUCAUUUUGACAUAUUCAUAACUGCAUCUAAAUGCAAUUUUCUCCAUUUCUAUCUCCUUCUCUCCCAUCCUCCCUCUCCCCUGACUCCCUUCUUUCUACUCUAUUGGUUUUCCUUCUGUUUAUUUGUUUUUUUUAAAUUGGUGUACUAUAGUUAUUUAUUUAAAAUUGCAAUACAUUGUGAUACAUUCAUACAUCAGCAUAGCAUAAUUUGGUCAACUUUAUUCCCUGAUUGUUCCCCUUUCCAUCCCCAGAUUCCUCCACUUGGUCCCCUGUUUUACUCUACUGCUCUCUUUUCUAUUUUUGUGAGAUUUCCCCCACCCCAUUUUUCCCCCUCUCUAGAUUGUGCAUAUGAGAGAAAACAUUUUACCCUUGACUUUCUGAGUCUGGCUUAUUUCACUUGGCAAGAUGAUCUUCAGUUCCACCAAUUUACCAGCAAAUGACAUCAUUUCAUUGUUCUUUAUGGCUGAGUGGAACUCAUUGUGUAUAUAUAUCACAUUUUCUUUAUCCAUUUCUCUACUGAUGGGUUCUUAGGCUGGUUCUAUAACUUGGCUAUUGUGAAUCGUGCUGCUAUAAACAUUGGUAUACAGGUACUAUUGUAGUAUGUUGAUUUUGGUUCUUUUGGAUAAAGACCAAAGAGUGGGAUAGCUGGGUCAUAUAGUGGUUCCAUUCAUUGCUAGUCUUUGGAGGAAUCUCCAUACUGCUUUCCAAGCAUUAAUUGGAGAACAGAUAGCCUCUGUAACAAAUAGUGCUGGCAAAAUAUGGAAAGCCACAUAUAGAAGAAUGAAAUUAGAUUGCUGCCUUUCACUCUGCACAAAAAUCAACUCACCAUGGAUCAAAGGAAAUAGAGCAGAAACAUUUGAAACUUGCCAGAAGAGCAUACUCCAACACAUUUGCAUGGGUACUGACUUCUUUACUAGGAUUCCUAAAGCACAAGAAAUGAAACCAAGAAUCAAAAAUAGGAAUAGAAUCAAAUUAAAAGGAUUUGUAUAACAAAGGAAACAAGAGUGUGAAGAGAGAGCCUACAGAAUGGGACAAAAUCUUUGCCAGCUAGUCUUCUGACAGGGGAUUAAUAACCAGAAUAUGAAAAGAACUCAAAAAACUUAACAUCAACAAAACCUAAUAACCCACUCAAUCAAUGAAUGAAAGAUCUAUAGACAUUAUUCCAAAGAAGAAAUACAAAUGAUCAAGAAAUAUAUGAAAAAAAUAUUCAACAUACUUAGCAAGCAGGAAGAUUUAAAUCAGAACUACAUUGAUAUUUCAUCUCACCCCAGUCAGAAUGGCAAUCAUCAAGAAUACAAAUAAUGAAGCAGGCGAGGUGGCACACACCUGCUAUCUCAGUAGCUUGGGAGGCUGAGGCAGGAGGAUUGGGAGUGCAAAGCCAGCCUCAGCAACUUAGUGAGGUCCUAAACAACUCAGUGACACCCUAUCACUAAAUAAAAUGUAAAUAAAGAGUUGGGGAUGUGGCUCAGUGAUAAAGUUCAAUCCCUGGAACCAAAACCAAAAUAAAACAAAACAAAAUGAACAAACCAAUAUGAUAUGAACAAAUAUUGAUAAUUGCUGGUGAGUAUGAGGGGAAGAAGUUAUACAUUGUUGAUGGGACUGCAAAUUAGUACAACCACUUUGGAAAGCAGGAUGGAGAUUCCUCAGAAGACUAAGAAUGGAAACAAGAUUUUUUCAAACUCUUGACAUGAGGAUUUGGUCAAGUAAUUAAAGGACAUUUCUAAAGAAAUAAAAUAAAGAAAAGAAAUAAAGGCUCUGAAAACCUUC